GUUCUGGGUCUAGAUUGUGAAUGGGUCCUUAAACAUAAAGUAUCAUUACUUCAACUAGCAUCACCAACAAAAAUAUGUGUACUGAUUAGGCUAUUUCAAAUGAAUUUCAUCUUUCCUAAUUCUCUCAAGUCACUUUUGGCAGAUCGAAGGUAUUUAUGUAAAAUCAUCACCUAUAGUUUAAAAGCUAAAACUGCUUAUUGAGAUUGUAAAAAAAUUUGAAGCACAGUAUCAAAGAGUUUUUAAGAAAAAUCAGCUGAUUACCUAUGCAGUACAUUGUGUCAUAAAUCAAAAGUAAAGAUUCACUCAGACUAUGUCAAGAAUUAUUCAGGACACAUUAAACAAACUUAUUUUUGGAAUAAUCUGUUAUUCAUCAGUAGUGAAUAAGUUCAGGGGUGAAAUCGACAAUUUUUAUGAUUAAAAAAAGAUGUUCUUCUAUUAAAUUAUUUUGUAUUUAUAUGAGAUUUUUAAAGAGGGGAAUGGGCUUCGAUGGUAUCACUUCUAAUUUAUAUUCCCUCAGUUUAGUGGUUAAAAAGUAAGAAAUAACAAGUGUUAGUGUCAUUAACUUUUACUAUUAUUUUGAAUAAAAACAACACAAGUAUAUUGAAAGUUGGUGUGGCAGUGCUUGAUGAUAGCAAGAAAUUGAAUCAAGAUUAUGGACUAAAAGUUUCAGGCUGUGUGGAUCUGAGACACAUCCUGGGUAGAGUAAGGGGUGUUUUCCAUUGGUGAGUUGAACUUUUUAAAAGGAUGUUUUAAGUUUUUUAGAUUUGUGUCAAAAGAUAUGCACAGAGUAUUAUAUUUGAUGAAGAACAAUGCACCCAUGAUAUUACUGAAUGUGGCUGAAUAUGAUGCUGCUAUCAAUUACAAAAAAAUGUGGCGAAUUAUUCUCAGAUGUUUUAUAUUUAUAAAAAAAAAGGAAUGCUUAUUUUCUGCAGCAAUGACAUUAAAACUGAAAUUUUAAAACUAGCAGCAUGAAAUACCUCCUAAAAAGUUGUUUAAUAAUUAGCAUAAAUAUUACUAUAAUAUUAUGAAAUUCCCAUUUUUGUUAUAUACAUGAACAUACAGUUAAUUUUUUGUCGCAUUGAUUUAGUCCUUCAAAAGGUUUACAAGGUCUUGCCAAAGGAAUUUUAGAUGUUGAUAUAAACAAGAGUUUUAAAAUUCGUUGUGGAAACUGGGAAGCAGAAGACUAUACAGAAGAACAGGUAGAAAAAAAAAACAUCAGAAAGUUACACAUUCAUGUUUCCAAAAAUACAAAGAAAAACUAUUAAUAAAUGUGUAUUAAUAAGUAUGCUUAUUAUUAUUUAUUUAUUAUUCUUUUGUUAGUAGUUUUGGAAAUGGGAAAAUAAAAAUGGAAGAAAAAAAAAGUGGGGGUGGGGGCAAUAAUUGAGUGAAGUUUUAGAAAUUAAAUAAAUCACUUGAAUUAUUAUUUUAUAAUGAGUGAGAUAAUAGAAUCUUUUCGUCUGACAAAACCAUACAUCACUUUAAAUGAGCUCUUGAAGAAAACUUUUAAAAAUAAAACUGAUGCUAUGGGGAAAAAAGGAAAUUGAUUAAUAAUUUUAAAAUAACUUAAUUGAUUCAAUUGAUUGGAAUAUACAACAACUUAAUAACUGUGUAAUAAAUAAGUAAAAAUGUUUUUCAUCCGUUGCUCAAAUGUAACGAGAGUCCAGAAAAUAAAAUUUUGGGAUCACUUCGUUAUUUAUCUUACAUCCUUCAGAUUUGGAAGGAAAAAAAAAACUGCUUAAUUUUUACUUUUAAUUGAGUAUAAAGUUUAUCUCACACCAACUAUGCCUUGAAUGACAAAUAUUUCAAAACUUUCAUGGUUGAUAUCAGAUAAAAUGUAUAUUUUUGAACUUAUAUCUCAGAUCAUCUAUGCUGCAACUGAUGCUGCAGUGGCUGUGGAUAUAUUUAUGAAACUAGUCAACACAAAACGGAAAUCUCCUAACCUGGCGUCUGAUAUGGUAACAUACGGUAAAAGUGAAGAGCACAUGACUUCAGCUGCUCCCAGUAACUGUAAACCUGUGACGACAAUGUCAUCAGAAGAGGAUACGAGAGAUCAAAUUCAAGCUGUUGAGCAGGACGAUUCUCUAAUGGUAGAACUUGUAGAGGAAAGAUGUAAGUACAUUAAUUGUACAGAUAUUUUGCAUAUUAUUCAGUUUAAAAAAGGGGUGGGGUAAUGCCAUGAUUUAAUCAAUUUUUAAAGUCAGCGGUUAAGUUUGUUUUCAGAUUGAGGCUGCCUUGCAGUUCAUUUUAAUAAAGAGCAAAUGAUUUUAUAAAUAAGAUUAAAUAAUAUUCUUUUAUUGAUCCUAAUAAAUGGAAAUGUGUUUGAUUACAUUGUACAUAUUGAUCAUUUAGCACUGGACAAAUAUGCUUGUGCAUUGUUUAUAUUUGUUUGAUAUCUCUUUAUUUAUUGACAUUCAUAUCUUAUAAUUUUGUAAGUAAGACAGGAAAAUACUUUUGAAAAAGUGGCUUUGUCUUUGUGCCAAGGGCUUGUGGAUUCGGAAUAUGCCACAUCUAGGAUAAAUAAACUGGUAAGCUUCGUUAUACAAUUAUGGAUUAAAUUAAAUAUUAUUAAAUUUGAGAAAAAAAAUGACCCCCCAAAAAUAAUUAUAUUGCAGCUGCAAAUAGUUAACAUUCAUUAUUUCGUUUUUUAAAACUGUAAUUUAAGCAGUUAUUGCAAGAAUUAGUAUUUCUUUAGUAACAAUAGCGCACUUGAUAAAUGCAUCACCAGCAUAUAAAUACUUCUUGAUAGAGAGCGGGAUAGAAAAAAGGCACCUUUUGAAAAAAAAAUUGUUUUUUAUUAAGAGAAAACACUUAAUCUUGUGCAACCAGUAGCGAAAAUGGAAGUUUUGAUUUGUUAUAAAUUACAAAGCAUAAAUAAAACCAGAGUGCCUGGUGGCAUGUUGAAGACAUAAUUAAAUGAUCUUUACAGGAAUAUUUUUCAGCAGCCGAAUGCACAGAACCAGCCAAAUGUACACAAGCAGCCAAAGCAGAAGAAAGAAAGCACUAAUGCUUACAGUACCCGCCGCCGACCGCUCUGGGACAACUGUCGGCUGGAGGCCCCUGAUGGAAGCGUAUUGUGCACAUGUGAUAAUAAAAAAGCCCAGUGGUAUUUAGAGAAAGAGCUGGGUGGUUAGUAGAAUUUUAAUAACUAAGUUAAUUUUUUUUUUUUAUAGAAUUGAAGCUUGCUUUGUCUGUGUUUUGAAUUUGAAGUACUUGAGUGGUGCGUUUAAAAGGACUGACUCAAUUUCUUAUCAUUUCUCAUCAUUUCAUGAGAUGUUAAACUCAUGGUGGUAAGAUAAUAUACCUUGCGUCCUUAGACCACAAAAGUGAAAUGAUUUCUUUACCCUAAACGUGCUUCAUUUUUAUUUUUUAACAUCCCUAUGUGUGUUAAUUUUUUAUUGUAUAAAGAUUUCAAGUUGAAUAAGUCAUGACACAUAUGCAAUGUAAGGGCAACAAAAAAAUUUUGGACGGUAUGUUGAGAUGUGAACAAUGUAAUGGGCAUCAAUCAUCUGUUUUGUAUCGGCACUCAUGCCACGUGAUUAAAUAAAUCUGACUUAAAUGUAGCUUUUCUUUUUUUUUUUGCUGAUGAAUCAGUUUGAGAAUCUUUAUUUUGUUGCAGAAAUAGUUUGCAAUGAUCCUUUGACAGUUCGCCUUCACUUUGAGCCGGCCAACCGACCACAGUCUGAAAACAACUACUACCUGCAGGAAAAAGAGAAUGUCUGUGUUGUGUGCGGAUAUGAAAAGGAUUAUGUUCGCAAGUUUGUUAUUCCAUUUGAAUACAGGAAGUAAGUUUUAUGAUGGAUUGAUAUGUAGAGUAAAUAAGGAAGGUUUGAGAGCAGUUGACAUAAUAUAAUGAUAGUUUGAGAGCAGUUGACAUAAUAUAAUGAUGGUUUGAGAGCAGUUGACAUAAUAUAAUGAUGGUUUGAGAGCAGUUGACAUAAUAUAAUGAUGGUUUGAGAGCCGUUGACAUAAUAUACUGAUGGUUUGAGAGCAGUUGACAUAAUAUAAUGAUGGUUUGAGAGCCGUUGACAUAAUAUAAUGAUGGUUUGAGAGCCGUUGACAUACUAUAAUGAUGGUUUGAGAGCAGUUGACAUAAUGUAAGGAUGGUUUGAGAGCAGUUGACACAAUAUAAUGAUGGUUUGAGAGCAGUUGACAUAAUAUAGUGAUGUGUGAGAGUAGAUGACAUAAUAUAAUGAUAGUUUGAGAGCCGUUGACAUAAUAUAAUGAUGGUUUGAGAGCAGUUGACAUAAUGUAAGGAUGGUUUGAGAGCAGUUGACACAAUAUAAUGAUGGUUUGAGAGCAGUUGACAUAAUAUAGUGAUGUGUGAGAGUAGAUGACAUAAUGUAAUGAUGGUUUGAGAGCCAUUGACAUAAUAUGAUGAUGGUUUGAGAGCAGUUGACAUAAUAUAAUGAUGGUUUGAGAGCAGUUGACAUAAUAUAAUGAUUGUUUGAGAGUAUUGUAAUUAUUUGUUCCUCUACAAACUGAUUGAGGCUUUAAUAUUUUGUGUAAGUAAAAUGACUUCAAUGAAGUAAAGGAGUCAAUCCCAGUGGAGUUUUAACUUGUCAUUUGAAAUAUUUGUGCUACUAUUUAAUCUGUUUUAUCAAAAAUAGUAAAAUGUUUACCUUAUAUCACAGACCAAAAAAUAUUGACCUUAUAUCACAGAUAGGAAAAUGUUGACCUUAUAUCACAGAUUGGAAAAUGUUGAUCGUAUCACAGAUAGGAAAAUAUUGACCUUAUAUCACAUAUUGGAAAAUGUGGACCUUAUAUCACAGGAAAAUGUUGACCAUAUAUCACAGACAGGAAAAUGUUGACCUUAUAUCACAGAUUGGAAAAUGUUGACCAAAAAUGGAAUAAAAAAACUUUUGACUAAAAUAAACAACUGCUAAUUUUCUUUGUAGGCCAUUUCAAAUGUAUAACUUUAUUCUGAUUUAUUCCAUAUCUUUGAUCAUCUGCCACUAGGUUUGCUCUCACUGAGGAUCAACCAAAUUUUUAUUUUAAAUUUAUCUUUGGUUUGUUGGCUGUUGGUAUUACAUGUUUGAUUAAAAAAGAUUGAAAAUUAAAAAACUCAAAUUUUCCUAUUUUUGUAGCACUAUCAGGUAUGGUAAUAUUGUCUUCCAGUGGUUGGCAUUUUCUAACACGUCAUUUUUUAAAAUUAGGUUUUUCCCUGUCCUACUGAAGGACCACAGUUCUCAUGAUAUCCUGCUGUUGUGUACGCCUUGUCACAAGAGGAGCUGUGACUUUGACAUCACAUUACGCCAGCAGCUGGCCCAGGAAUGUAACGCACCAUUAGAGUCAGGACCAGGGGCCAAGAUGGUCCUUGACCAUGACCUUCAGAAGGUCAGAUCUGCUGCCAGGUGGGUGAAACUAGAGCUUUGAUGCGUUUUUUGAAGGAUGUAAUAUUCAACAGCUACCUUCCACAUUUUGUUCAAAUUAAUGAGAAAAUUGUAAUACAGCUUCACAGAAUAGAAGACAAAUUCUACCAGUGAGCCCAUUUUUUUAUUUUGCUUUCUACUAAUAUUCAUGGAUUCUAGUAUUCCUAAUAGCUUUUGUCAACUGAGGAAGGUUUUUACCUGAAACAUAAUUUUCUUUGUUUUGACUCCACUUUUCUUGACUCCACUUUCUUUGUUUUGACUCCACUUUUCUUGACUCUACUUUUCUUUGUUUUGAAUCCACUUUUUUUUACUCCACUUUUCUUUGUUUUGACACCAAGGAAUAAAGCUCCAUUCUAGCUCCAUUCUGACCUUUCUCACUGAUACUGUGGUAGUUUGUCUUUUAAAUCUCAGCAGUCUUUCAUCAUGGGAACCUUCCAACUUCCCGUCUAACAAUACACUACCUUUUAUUUCUUUUUGUCUGUCACUUUUUAAAGGUAUUUACAGCCAACAACAUCCAUCCACAUCUCUUGCCAGAUGCUUUCUGUUAUUGCUUCAUAUUUUUGCCAGCAUUCUCGGCAUGUAGUUAGAGAGAUGUUCUUGGGAUAUUUUUCCUUAUCCUUGUCAGUUUGUCACUGUUUAAUACAAAAAAAGUAGGCUUCAUUUUCCCUUUGUCAGUUCAUCAAUAUUAAACAUUGCACAGUUGCAAGCUAAAGUAAAAAUGAUAUCGUCAGCAUAUAUGGACAUAAAUUAGAUUAAAAAACCAAUUUAAAAGCACCCCCAGUAAGAGUGAUCCAGUGGCAUUGUAUCUAUUACAGUGAUCUUAUCAAAUCAAACAAGUUCAAAACUCUGCUGCUAGGCUUGUUCUUAAGGCAAAAAAACGCGAUCACGUCACUCCACUACUCCACUCACUACAUUGGCUCCCUAUACAGGCACGCAUUGACUACAAGCUGUCUCUUCUCUGUCACAACUUUUUCUCGGAUUCCUGCCCUUCCUAUCUAACUGAACUUCUUUCUGUCUAUUCACCCCUUCGACAACUUCGCUCCUCCGCAGACUCGCGUAUUCUGUCCGUUCCCAAGACACGCACUAAAUUAUAUGGUGAACGAUCUUUCUCUUUCUGCGCCCCCAAACAAUGGAAUUCUUUGCCACUACACAUCCGCAAUAUAACAACCACACAGGCCUUCAAAACUGCACUCAAAACACAUCUAUUUAAACUAUACUACUCUGACUGAUUCUCCUCCUAUAAACCGAUAAACGUACAUGGGUUUCCUUGUAAAAAUGUCUGGUGUGGGUGGAUGAAUAUACCUAUGGUGUUGUUUUGCUUAUAUGUUGUUUUUAUUUCAUUUAUGUAUUUUAUUUUAAUAUUAUGAUUGCUAUAUUUAUGUACAGCGCGGUGAGCCCAGCCCUAGGCCGGGGUAACGCGCUAUAUAAGACCACUUAUUAUUAUUAUUAUUAUUAUUAAAUAUUACAGUGAAUCUUGUCUGCUCAUUCCUUGAAAUCAAUUAAUCCUUCAUCAAGUUUAUUGACUUAUUUGAAAAUAGAAAAUGUCAUUUGAAUAUUGAGUAAAGUUUUAUGGUAUUAUUUUAAUGUAAUUUUUGUCUUAAUUAAAACCCCUUCCUUCUAGUUCACAAUCAACUUCGUCAAAUUUUUCUGAAGCAAAAGUUUAAGAACGCAUAGCAAAAAGGGGAAAUAAUGUUUUAAAAUAUUCUUAGCCAAACUAUUUUAAUUGUUGUCCCCCUUUCAUAUUCUAUCCCCCACCAGAGCACUCAAAGUAAACAGACAUUCCAUCCCAGAGGCUAGAGUAAAUGAGCUAGAGAAAGUGUUGACGGAUUUCUAUGGUGGUGAUGAGCUGACGGAAGAACUUCUGGAACACGCUGCUGCUGUUGAUGCAAGGUAGUUCUUAAAUAAUGAAAUGAAACCCAGGAUAGUACUCAAGUGAGCCCAUCAUCUUUUCAACCAACUUUGUGAUUAAACAAAGAAGUAAUUAAUGCAUCAAGUAUUCUAGACUGGAUCCUUUACCACAAUGCAUGAUCAAACUUUUAUAGUUUCAAAACACUUGUUGUUUUAAUAUAAUGGAAAACGGUGUUAGUGCUGAUUAAUAACUUUUUUCAUGGGCAAGGUGCAAAUUUAUGAUUCAGGCUCUUGGGGAUGUAUUCAGUCUCUUAUGUUCCCAUAUGUGGAAUGUGCUCAUGUGACCACAUGUCUGUCUGACUAUGUGUCAGAAUGUCAAUGUGGAUUAUGAGACUUGGAUUUCUCAUUUCAGGCAAACAGUCACAGACUUUGUGCCCCACGGGCGGCGUGUUGUAGAGCACAUGUCACAGAAUGGUGGACUGUUGGCAUUCCAGGCCAGGUGGAGGCAACAUUUCCUGGACACAAUGAGGCCACAGUUCCUGCCUCCCUUCUGGUCUGUAGGUUACGUUCCUGAUGGCUGGACUCAAAGACAGUCCUCAUAGACACCCUGUUCCUGAUGGCUCGACUCUUUGGCAGUCAUAAUAGACACCCUGUUCCUGAUGGCUGGACUCAAAGACAGUCCUAAUAGAUACCCUGUUCCUUAUGGUUGGACUCAAAGACAGUCAGAGUGGGCAACAAUUUGGGUCAGUCAUUGUAAAUAUUGUUUUUAAAUGGUUAACGAGGGUAAAUUUAAAUAAAAUAAACUGAAAAAAAAAUUCUAUAGAAUACUGUGUGCAUGAUCUGGUGAACAAAGGGCAAGAGGAAUGGGU